AUGGUAAGGGCAGAAGAGUCUUCCAUCUCUACAGUUUGUGCUACAAUCGAAGAUUAUUAUAAUGACCACAAGCACUUGAAAUCAGCCAUUCUUAACUCACUGCUUGUGAAGUUGCAAAUCAUCAUUGGCAGAGAAUACUUGAAGGCAUUCGAAUCAAGGAGACUUAAUUUUCACAACUAUGGAGAAAGGUUGACGGCAGCGGAACAGCUGAAACAGGAAGCUGAUAUGUUGAAAAAUCUGUUUCAGCGCCUCAUGAAUAAAAACGCUGACGAAGUGGAGGCUUCUUAUAUCGAAUACGUUAGCAGCAUUUUAAUCGCCGCCUCAGACAUUCUUUCGCUGCGAGAUAAGUCUCUACUGGCUCUUGAAGUCAGCAGCUUUGUGCAGAAGUUCCCGGAGGUGAAAGUUGACCAACUAACUGGAAUAAUCCUUUGUCGCGAAGACAUUGGUCGCUCAGAUGGUCGGCAGCUUGCACAAGACAUUAUUUCUCAGAACCGGUUCAGAGAAACGAAGGAUAAUGAAUUCUCUGUUGUUUUUCAUACUUGA